AAAGUUUAAAGAAGAAGCUGGCUGGGGUAGAUGAGAUUAGAUAAAUAUAUAAACCAAACCAAACCCAACCCAACCCACAACCACAGCACACCACCCACCCACCCAGUUUGCUAAAUUUCAAUCUUCCUUGUCUUUAUAAAGCAAUCAAGAUAACCUCAUCUCGGACUCUCCUAUGUAUCUCAUGGGCAACACCUUGUUAGAAGCUCUCAACGUCCGCGUGGAAGGGUCCGGCCAGAAGUUCUUGGUCCUCGCUCAUGGCUUCGGUACCGACCAGUCCGUCUGGAAAGGCAUUCUCCCUUCAUUCACCCCUUACUACCGCGUCAUUCUCUACGACCUCGUCUGUGCAGGCAGUGUGAAUCCUGAUUACUUCGAUUUUCGCCGCUACACCACACUCGACUCCUACGUCGAUGACUUAAUCAACAUCCUCGACGCUCUCAAAGUCGAUCGGUGUGCCUACGUUGGCCACUCCGUCUCCGCCAUGAUUGGAAUUUUGGCUUCCAUUCGUCGCCCCGAACUCUUCACCAAGCUCAUCCUUAUCGGCGCUUCUCCAAGAUUCUUGAACGACAAAGAUUACCACGGAGGAUUCGAGCGAGGUGAAAUCGAGAAAGUUUUGUAUGCAAUGGAGGCUAAUUACGACGCAUGGGUGCACGGUUUCGCACCUUUGGCGGUAGGUGCUGAUGUCCCGGACGCGGUUCGAGAAUUCAGCCGGACCCUAUUCAACAUGAGACCGGACAUAACCUUAUUCGUGUCGCGCUCCAUAUUCAACAGCGAUCUGAGGGGUGUCUUGGGCCUAGUCAAGGUGUCGUGCUGCAUAUUUCAGACCACAAGGGACGUCUCGGUUCCGACCUCGGUGGCCACGUAUCUGAGGGACCAUUUGGGAGGACGAAACACAGUGGAGACGCUGGAUACCGAGGGUCAUUUGCCCCAUUUGAGCGCGCCGGGGCUUCUGGCUACGAAACUCCGCCGAGCACUUUCGCGCUGAGCCUGCUGGGCCGGCUAUGCAGGCAGCGAAGCCGAAGACGAGAGAGGAUUAGGUACUAUCGAAGUGGGGUCUCGAAAAGAAAAAAUGUAAUAAGGGCGGAGAUCUUGACACCUGUCCAACGAUGUGUGGACAUUAUGGACUUGGGACUUGGACUUGUAUGAUCUUCGACAGGAUAAGAAUCUCCACGUGAUAAUCACGUGAUGGCGUAUCUUUUUUGUUUUGUAAUUUAUGGAUGCUGUUCUUAUUUUUCUAAUGAAAAAAUUUCUAUUUUUUUGUUA